UGUCGCCGCGCCCAUUCCAGGCGACGCAAGGAGACCGCGAGCACACAUCGCGCGCGCGCACCCCGCGAUCUCAACUAAGGAAGGCGUCUUCCAUCGCGCACGAGCGCUCGCGUAGCGAACCGCGUCGAGGAAGCGCGUCGGCGGCGCGACGAUCGCGCGCGGCUCGCGGCGGGGGCAGUUUCUUUCUUGAAGACGACCGCGCGACGGACGAUCGCCCCGCGGACGCGCGAGAUGGACACCCUGGCGCACACGUCCGGCCGCCUCAAGGUCGCGAGCCUCUUCAGCGGCUGCGGCGUCCUCGACUACGGCCUCACGCAAGCCGGCCACGAGAUCGUCCUGCAGACAGAGAGCGAUCCCGACGCGCGCGAGGUGCUCGCGGCUCGGUUCCAGGGCAUCUGCCAGCCCACCGACCCGGCGACGGUCGAGUGCCUGCCCCCGGACGCGGACGUCCUCGCGGCGUCGGUCGUGUGCGCGGAGCAGGAGGGGUCCUGGCGCGAGUCGUGGAGUAAAGACUCGGUGGCUUCCAAGCUGAAGCAGGUGCUGAGACUGCUCAAAGCCGGCCGCGGCGGCCAAGGCGGCGCCGUGCCGUGGGUCCUCGUCGAGGCGUCCACCGCGCUCCUCGAGUCCGACGGCGAGGGCGUCCCGAUCGUGUGCGACCUCGUGAGCGAGCUCGAGCGGCUCGGGUACCGCUGGGCGCACCGAACGAUCGCAGCCGCGGCGUUCGGCGUCCCGGACGUCAAGCCCCGCGUCGUUCUCCUCGCGUCUAAGCACGGCGACCCGCGCGACGUCCUCCUCACGGAAGAUGCCGGGAAGAGCGCUAACUUCCUCGAGCCCCCCGGCGCGGAGACGAGCCAGACGUUCGUCUUCAACCAGAGCGCGGAGGGCGAGAUGCGCGUCUUCAGCGAUUUCGUCGACGGGUUUCACCCCGGCGACGGCGGCGCGGUGAUGGACGCCGCCGGACACCUCGCGCCCGUGGAGGUGCACGACGCCGAGCGGCUCCAGGGCCUCCCUCCCGGGUGGACGCUCACGUCGCGCCCGCCCGCGCCUGGAUCGCGCGUUGACAACGCGCCGCGGUGGAAGGCGCUCGCGGCGAGCCUCGGGUGCGUCCCCGCGUCGCAGUGGAUCGGGUCGCGGCUGGCGAAGCCGUACGAGCUCAAGCACGACGGUCGCGGGAGCGCGUUCGAGGCGCCCGUGACGGUGCCGUGGCCGACGGCGGCGUACAACGUCGGGCACGGGCGCGCGCACGUCGCGUGCUCGCCGUUCCCGAGGACGAACGGUGGGACGCUACCGACGUUGGGGGGGUUCAUCAGCGGGGUCGUCGGCGCGGGGGGCGGCGGCGGCGGCGGCGAGGAUCGAAUCGGCGGCUGCGUCACCAAGGAGACGGCGCUCGAGUGCGUCAAGGCGCUGCGCGCGGCGGGGUGGCAGCCGCCGCCGCAGUUGAUCGCGGUGGAGGUGGCCGCGGAGGCGGCGAUCGCGGCGGCGACCGCCGCGGCCGUCGCCGCCGGGGAGUUUGGCGCGGGCGGUGGACGCGGCGGGCACGUUGGGCACGGGCACGACGCGCGCGAUCUCGCGAGCCAGCUGGCGGCGGCGGCGGCGGCGGCGGCGAUGGGCGGCGGCGGCGCGGCGCACCACGCGAGCGCGCACGGCGUGAAGCGCUCGGCGUCGGGCGACGCCGGCGCGGGCGGCGGCGGGAGUAACGCGGGGCGCGCCGCCGCGCUCGCCGCGCUCGGCGACGUCACCGCGGCGGCCGCGCUCGCGGAGGCGUCGGAGCGAUCGCAGAGAGAGCAGCGGGACCACGCGCCUCGGUCCAAGAAAUCCCGCGGCGGCGGCGGCGGCGGCGGCGGCGGCGGCGGGACGACGACCGUCGGCCCCUCCGCCGCGGACCCCGACCCGGAGCGCGCGGCGGGCGACAACGCGGACGCGGACGACGACGACGACACGUUCGUCGUCGGCAACGUCACCAUCCGCUCUCGGACCUCCGCGCAGGUGGUCUGGGCGAAACUCCCCGGGCACCCGUUUUGGCCCGGAUUGCGCGUGGAGCUCGAGCGCGACGACGUCGCGUCCGAGACGCUCAGGAUGCGCAAGGAGAACGAGGCGCUGGUGGUCUUCUUCGGGGAGAACUCGUUCGGGUGGGUCCGCGAGGAGCAGGUGCUGGACUUCAAGGACUCGUACGCGGACAAGGCGCGCGAGCCGAUGCGCAACAAGGCGCGGUUUAACGCCGCGUUGCAGGAGGCGAUGAACGAGCUCGCGAAGCGCGACGACGCGUUCGUGCCGCCGGCGAUCGUCCAGAAGGGCAAGAGCGGGUCGCACGCCGCGCCUUCACACGGCGCGAAGGGCGCGGCAAAGGACGAGCACAAGGACGAGCACAAGGACUCGCCGGCCGCGUCCGGGGGGUCGCGCGGCGGCGGCGGCGGUUCCGGCAAGGAAAACGCGUCGCAGGCGGCGCGCGCGGGCGACGGCGAAAACAGCGGCGUCAUGGCGGCGGUGGCCGCCGCCGCCGCCGCCGCCGUCGCCUCCGGGAAGAUCCACACCGACGGCUGCGUCUGCCGCGUCUGCGCCGCGUGGGCGAAGGCGCCGAAGGACGAGGCGAACGCGGGAGGAGCCUCGGGAAAGAAGAACGGCUCCUCCGCCGUGUGCUUGAAGAUCGAGGCGCAACGCAGCGCGGCGUCGCACCCGGUGGGCGCCAUGCUCGCGCUUCAGGGAGAGGGCAGCGUCGGCACCGCGAUCGAGAUCUACUGGCCGCUCGACCAGGUCCACUACGGCGCGAGCAUCGUGAGCUUCGACGCGGUCGAGCUGCAGCACAUGGUGCAGUACGAGGCGGAUGGCGUCCGCGAGUUUUUGUGCCUGUGGAACGAGGACGUCAAGGUGGUGAGCGGCGACGGCGCGGCGGGCGGCGCCGCGCCGAGCGCGCCGAGGGACCACGGGAAGGAAGCCGGGCUCGCGGCGGCGGCGUCGUACGGUAAGGACGACAUGAGCGGCGGCGGCGUCGCGGCGAUGGAGACGGACGCGAAGGACGCCGCGAAGAAGGAGGCGACGCCGGAGGGAGCCCCCAAGAAGGAGGAAACGCCCGCCGAGGCGGCGGCGGCGGCGGCGGCGGGGGCGGAGGACGCGGGCGACGGCGGCGACGAGGACGCGGAGGCGGCGCUUCUCAUGGGGUUGGGGUCCGACGGCGAGGCGCCCUCGGGCGGCGGCGCGAACGGCGGCGGCGCGGAGGACGCCGCCGGCGAGGGGCGCCCCAGGCGCAAGUGAUCUCGAGCGAGUGUGACUUGAUGAUGAUACGCGACGCGAGCGCGCCUGCUGAGUGUUUUU